GAAUGUGAAUUUGGUAUUCUCGAAAAUUAUAAUUCCGGUGAGACAAUGUGCACCUCAUCUGAUAAAUACGUGAACAUCCUUCAUUCAACUUUUCUCCUUUUUAUUUGGGGGGUUGGUGACUCCAAGGGGAGAGAUCAAAAAUUGACUGUCGCGCGAGUUUCAAAUUCGCAUGGAGACGUUGAAUUACGUACGCACGAUUUGCCGCAGCAGAAUACAGCGAGCGUUAUGCGAUUGGUUGACUUUCGGCCACACAUCGAUACCUGUGUUCCUGGUUUGAUCAAGUGUCUUUUCGGGAUCAACCCAAUCGGGCUGUGUAUGAAUGAGAUCGUUCAUUUUAGGGGAUUGCAGAGAGAAGGUCAAAAAGAUGAGAUUGGGGGAAUGAUGAAUAGUCGUGAUCUUUGUAAUAGAGAGAGAGUGUGUGGGGGGGAUUACAUGAUGUACCGAGAAGAGUUGUUAAAUUACUGGUGUCACAGUUUUCCUAUUUGCAUCAUGGUCAUUUGCCCUUUGGGUUACCAAACGGAUGGUCACGAUUUUCUACACUUUGAAAAGUAUACAUCUGUUCCCAAGUGUAUGGUCGCACGUUGUCGACUAUG